AUGUCGCCCCACGAAAAUAAUGAUACCACGCUGCCCUCGGACGAGAUCAGGCUCUUGCCAUACCAGAAGACUCAAAAUUACACAGCAACCGUUUCGGAGGAUUCCAUGAAUCCAUCGACAACUAAGGGAAUGUGGUCAUCGUUAUUUGCAUCGCCUACGCGCAGGUGUCACAAUCUAACCAAAUUCUGGGCUACGUACAGAUCAAGACCAUGGAACAUGUGUCUUUUGGUGGUAAUUGGCACCGUAUUCGCUCUUGGCCACCAUCUGUUCUAUUUCGCGCUUGAAGGUAGAGAGGCCAUAAACCAAUCUCUGAUGCUCCGUUACGGCACCAUCCUUUCCUUCUGCGCUAAGGCCAGUCUUGGUACCGCAGCAGCCAUGGCCUUCCAGCAAAGAGCCUGGCGAGUCCUUCGCCACAAAAUGGCACGCCUCGAAACAGUCGAUUCAAUAUUCACUGCCAAUUCCGAUAUUUUCUCUUUGUUGACAUGGUCAUCUAUUAGGAAGGCCAAGAUAGGGAGUCUUAUCGCUGUGUACUGUUGGAUCACUCCACUAGUAGUGGUUUUGACCUCUGAGACUCUGUCUGUCGUGGGUGAAAUGAAGGAGAAUAACGGGACAUGUCUGAACAUUCGGACUUUGAACUUUUCGAAUGAGAAGUGGGUAUAUUGGCGUGAUCCUGUGAUCAUACAAAAACAGUAUCUUAUGUCUGUAUCCCUUUGGAACAGCACCUUUCCAAAUGAUGACAUCGAGAAAUAUGAUGCCGACCACUUCGACUACUGGACCUCCCCCAGCGUCCAAUGGGAUGCCACGACAGCUAUGAGAGUGGCUUUGGCCAAUGAGCCGCUUGUUCGGAAGGAGUCUGGUAUUGAGAUCUGCUCACAGGGUUGGAAUUGUUCCUACGUCUUGCAUUUCGUUGCCCCAGGCUAUAGAUGCCAGGAAAUAGCCUCCGGGGUAAACUCUCCCGUGCGAAAUCUGGGAGACGCAAUACCGCCUUUUAACACCACUGUGCUUGCACCGAUGGGCAACUUGACGUACUAUGCAAAAAACACUAUUGGCGAAUACGACAACCCACAGAUCAUAUCGUCCCCUGGGGGUCGACCAAAGCAGAAGGCUCCAUACCCUAAGAACCUAGGAGCAUUUAGGACAGAACCUAUCAUGUGGAUCGGCUAUUGUACUGUUGAUGACUACUCAAAGCCACAGCCCCCGGAACAUGGCAAGGGAGACUGGUACGAAGCCUAUACACCAGUGAUUAUUGGCUGCGAGCAUUGGGAGGUGAAUUACACGGUUCACUUCGACUGGGUAGGGGAGAUACAGUCGCACAGGGUCCUAAAACGGGAAUAUCUCAGGAAGGUGGUUAACACAACUUGGACGCCAGAGUUAGAUCCGGACAGAAGGUUGAAAGACCGGACAACUGCUGUGCCGGAACAAAACUACGUAUUGCCUAAGGACGUUGAGGAGUACAGGUUGACCGCAGCUUACCAUUCACUCGGCUACACUCUCCGACGCCUCUUGAACGGAACGACGACAAUGCCGCACUUCAAUGUCAAUUCGAAAAUCAUAGUAACGCCACUAGUCGAACGAAUAAAUUAUUUGCCUCCCAGAAACUUCAGUCGCGCCAUUAGAGGCAUGUACGAGAAUAUGGUUAUCUCACUACUUUCAAAUCCAUCUUUUAGUGUGGUCUCAUGGGCUUCGACCAGUCAACCAACAGGUGUUUCCAAAUCCGACCCGUCGGCAGAAGGCCACCCUUGCCGUAAAGCACGCUACAUGAACGUGUUCCAGUACGAUAAAGCUCAGCUACUCUCUGUAUACGCAGCAAGUAUCGCGCUAGCAAUUGCCGCGGUCCUACUUGGGCUGCAUGCCUAUUGGGAGGAAGGCAGAAUGCGCGAUAUGAAACCAUCGUCAAUUAUUGAGGCAUCGAGAGCCUCACAUCUUCACACGUUGGGUAAUGGAAGUGAGGUAAAGAUUGGCUACGGAGUUGUGCAUGAGGAGGCAGGUAGGAGCGUCAGGAGCUUUGGGGUGGAAGGGAACUUGACGCAACCUGACAGAGUGCGAGACCCAUGA